CCUGACUGAUUCAAACGGAUCAGCUCAGUCAGAUGAACCGACUUCUCCAGUUCAGUGAAAGAAAUCGAUUCAAAAGAACAAUUCGUUCAUGAACCGGAGGGACAGAGAGCGGAGAGAUGAGUGAGGGAACGUGUCUACGCAGAAGGGGGGGCCCUUAUAAGACUGCCCCCGCCACAGACCUCACACGUUGGCGUCUCACUUGCACAGAGGGCAGGCAAACCUGGCGCUAUGUGGCGGGAGAAGAUCGUCCACAGACUGCCCUGGAGGCACACUCUCUGGGAUUGGAUACGAAUGAUUAUUUUAACGACUUACCAAAGGCGUUUACUGCCCAAGAUGGAGCCGAAAAUGGACUAACAUUUUACUCUGCUUUACAAGCCGAGGACGGCCACUGGGCUGGGGAUUAUGGCGGGCCACUCUUCUUAAUGCCAGGUCUUCUGAUUGCAUGCCACGUGACUCAGACCCCCCUCCCUGGCGCUACCAAGCAGGAGAUGAUCCGGUACUUGCGAUCCGUACAGCUUCCUGAUGGCGGAUGGGGCCUGCACAUUGAAGAUAAGAGUACUGUGUUUGGCACGGCUCUCAGUUACACUUCUCUGCGCCUUCUUGGAGUGUCGCAGGAUGACCCAGAUAUAACCCGGGCUCGCAACAAUCUUCACAGUAAAGGAGGUGCCAUUGGUAUUCCUUCUUGGGGAAAAUUUUGGUUAGCUGUGCUCAAUGUGUACAGUUGGGAGGGAAUGAACACGCUAUUCCCAGAGAUGUGGCUCUUACCCCAGUGGUUUCCCGCUCACCCUAGCACCCUUUGGUGUCACUGCCGACAGGUUUACUUGCCCAUGAGCUACUGUUACGCUACACGCUUGAGUGCCCAUGAGGAUGACUUAAUCCGCAGCUUGAGACAAGAGCUGUACGUGCAGGAAUACAGCAGUAUCAAUUGGCCUGCGCAGAAGAACAAUGUUGCCGCCUGUGAUCUUUACACACCGCACAGUACACUACUUAACUUUGCUUAUGUCCUUUUGAAUCUAUACGAGACGUACCACAUUUCUUCUCUCCGGAGAUAUGCAGUACAUGAAUUGUAUGACCACAUAACAGCAGAUGACCGGUUUACAAAGUGUAUCAGCAUUGGUCCGAUCUCUAAGGUGAUUAAUAUGGUGGUCCGCUGGCAUGUAGAUGGACCAGAAUCUCCUUCAUUCCGGGAACAUGUAGAUCGCAUCCCUGAUUACCUUUGGCUGGGCUUGGAUGGGAUGAAAAUGCAGGGCACAAAUGGAUCUCAGCUCUGGGACACAGCAUUUGCCAUACAGGCAUUCUUGGAGGCUGGAGCCCACAAGAAAAAACAGUUUCAGAAAUGUUUGGAGAAAGCACAUGAAUUUCUCCGUAUUACACAGGUACCAGAUAACCCACCAGAGUACAAGAAGUACUACAGACAAAUGAACAAGGGAGGGUUUCCUUUCAGCACCCGUGACUGCGGUUGUAUUGUGGCAGACUGUACAGCUGAGGGGCUGAAAUCUGCAAUGUUGCUUCAAGAAAACUGUACUUUCUUAUCUGAACAUAUUCCAAAGAACAGACUACGGGAUGCUCUAGACGUGCUACUCAGUAUGAAGAAUUCUGAUGGGGGAUUUGCUGCCUAUGAAACCAAACGUGGUAGCCGCUGGCUGGAACUGCUUAAUCCCUCUGAAGUGUUUGGGGACAUCAUGAUUGACUACACAUACGUGGAGUGUACUUCUGCCGUAAUGCAAGCUUUGAAACAUUACCAAGCAUGGGACCCAGACUACAGAGCAGAUGAAAUCAGGGAAACCCUCGAGGAAGGCCUGGAUUACUGUCGCAGAAUUCAGAGAACAGAUGGAUCCUGGGAGGGGUCCUGGGGUGUAUGCUUUACAUACGGCAUAUGGUUUGGACUGGAAGCCUUUGCUUGCAUGGGACAUAACUACUCAGAUGGUUGUCCAGAGGUCAUCCGGGCCUGUGAUUUUCUUCUCUCUCGCCAAAUGGAAGAUGGAGGUUGGGGAGAAGAUUUUGAAUCAUGUGAAGAGCAAAGAUACGUUCAGAGUGCCAACUCUCAAAUACACAACACAUGUUGGGCAUUGCUGGGUCUAAUGGCGGCCAGGUAUCCCAAUGUUACGGUUUUGGAGAGAGGAGUCAAACUGCUACUAGAGAAGCAACAUAGCAAUGGAGACUGGCCUCAGGGAAAUAUAUCAGGUGUCUUUAACAAGACCUGUGCCAUCAGCUACACUGCAUAUCGAAAUGUAUUUCCAAUAUGGACACUUGGACGUUUUUCCCAUCUUUACCCAGAGAAUCCGCUAACUGGAGUUCACAAGAGCAGGCAUGGCUGAGGCAGAUAACAGAUCCGGACAGCCACCGUAUACAGAAAUCUCCCAUCUGCCACACUGUGCAUUUUAUUUUAUUAAUUAACAUUUUAAUUUAGCAUUUUUGCCUUUUUCUUUUAUCUGAUCUUAAUUCACUGCAGUGUUUAAUAUUUUUAAAAUAUCUCAGCUAUUUUACUUUUGGCCAUUUCUAGUAGUAGUAAUUUAUAUUAAAAGGGAUCACCUUUCCACAGGGCAGGUGAUAAAUGUAGGAGAACAAGCGGUAGUGCGUAUGUCAGUCCACUGCGUCAGGAAAUUCUGUGGCACUGACAAAGUGAUGUCUGCGUCAGUCCCAUAGAAGUGGAUAGAGCAGUGGACUGACAUGCACACCACCACUCCAUUUAAGAAGGGGACUCAGGAUCCCUGGUGGAAUCUGAUUGGUUGCUAUGGGCAACUGAGCCAGUUUUCCUUUACACCAGUUUUGAUAAAUCUUCCCCGAUGACUUGAGAACUGACCAAUAGAGAUGAUAUAUUGUAAUUGUUUUAAACCAGAAACAGUUUGAUACAUAUGAAUGUAAAGACUUUACAUCACCUCUCUUGUCAUGUUUUAUACUGAAUGUUACACAUAGUGUACAUUACAAGCUGGUCCCGCCUAACACUUAGGAGUAGCCUUAUUAAUAAUGAUACAGUGAUUGUUGUCACACUACAGACGUAUUCAUUUGAACAAUGUCUGGAGCCCAUUUAGUUUUACCUGACCCACAUCUCAUGAUUAAUGUCCAUAUUACUAACUAAUGUUCUGAAACUGGUACUUUCUGGGGAUAUACAGUCAAAAUGAUCUUCGGACAUAUCAGAUAUAUACAGUAGAAGAUCCCUUUGUGAAGUGUGUGAUUUUAGACCGCCACUACUUUCAAUGCUAAAGGGAUCUAUAGAGCACUUUUACGGUGCAUUUAAGGUACGUGUUUAAGGUAAAAGUCAGGAAAUUUGCACGACUUAGGCCUCAUGCACCCGACCGUAUUUUGUUUCCAUGUCCGUUCGUUUUUUUUUGCG